CGGACGAGAUGAUAUAAGCGGCUAAUAUAAAUCUGGCAAGAAAACAGAGUGACAAGAUGCGUUCGCCGUCGAUAUCUUUCGUGACUUUUGCCAUUGUUUUAAAUAUUUCUGCAUCUAUAUCUAUAGUGUUACUUAACAAAUGGAUCUAUACGGCAUAUGGAUUCCCGAAUGUGAGUCUGACGUGUUUACAUUUCAUCGUUACAACGGUGGGACUGUUCGUCUGUCAAAGACUCAACAUUUUCCAACCAAAGAGUGUGCCAGUCCAGAAAAUGAUUCCGUUAGCCAUGACAUUUUGUGGUUUUGUAGUGUUUACGAACUUGUCGCUGGAAUCUAACACUGUGGGGACCUACCAGCUCAUUAAAAUGUUGACCACCCCCUGUAUAAUGGUGAUACAGACACUGUAUUACAACAAAACAUUUUCCAAUAGUAUACGAUUUACAGUUAUUCCCAUAGCUCUUGGUGUCUCUUUAUAUUCAUACUAUGAUGUCAAAUUUAACUUAUUAGGAAUUUUUUAUGCUUCCAUUGGAGUUUUAGUUACGUCAUUGUACCAAGUGUGGGUUGGAGAGAAGCAGCAUGAGUUACAACUGAACUCAAUGCAGUUAUUAUACUACCAGGCCCCACUAUCCGCUUGUAUGUUGAUGCUAGUUAUACCAUUUAUUGAGGCCCCUGUGUACAGCAUCCAUGGAGCCAUGGGCCAUUGGGAUAUUCAUGUGUUGGGUGCUGUGUUCGCCUCUGGAGUGAUUGCCUUCUUCGUGAACCUGUCUAUAUUUUGGAUCAUUGGGAACACCUCUCCCAUGACAUAUAACAUGGCAGGUCACCUGAAGUUCUGUGUGACCCUCCUGAUGGGCUGGUUUAUAUUCCACGACUCCCUCACCUACCUACAGAUGUCAGGGAUCAUCUUCACCCUCACAGGUGUCACAGCAUAUACACAUCUAAAGCUGAAGGAACAACAGACUACAUCACUUCCUUCCGUCAUCAAGUCCUAGAAUUUCCUUAAGUUUAUCUAUUGCUAUAGUUUCUUUAUGACAGACCAACUUUUUAACAUUGCUGUUUAUUUUUUAAAAAGAAAUGCAUAAGAGAAAAUCAUGUAUUGAUGAGCUAAUUAUUGAGAUACUAGCUCUCAGCAAUUAUACCCAUAUGCCAAUCAUUGACAAUUAUGAAAAUUCGCAAACUUCAGCUUCUUCUAGAUAUAUUAUUGAUGUUUUGAAAGUUCAGAUUAAAAAUGCAGUGUAAAUCUAGUGUAGUUAAUUCCUAUAAUACUGUAUACUGGGUUAUUUUUGCCCCGUAAAAUUUUUGUCCCUCUACACUUGCAAGCAGUUUCGCCUCCUCUUGAAUUUGCCGAAACACGGUUGUGUUUAAAAAAAGAUAAUAUGAGACAUUGGCAUUUGCCCAGUCUUAGAUUCGCCCACUGGCAAUGAGGGCAGAAGAGGCGAAAAUAAAAAGGGAGCGAAUACUGCCCUGUAUACAGUAGAGAAUGCUAUGUAUGGUAAGAUGCAUGACUGGGUUUUACAAAAGAACUUACGACAUGCGACCAAAUUAAUGAAUGCUUAUUAAUCACAAACUAAUCUACGAAUUUAAUGGCUGUAAAUUAUAAUUAUAGAAAUCAAAAUAAGGAUAAAUUAAUCUUAUGGUUUUAUUAAAAUUUUGUUUGUCAAAGAUCAUCCCAUGGGACUGGAAAUAUUUAAUUACGACUUUGUUGCACGUUUUUUUGUAAAAUGCAUCCCAGAACUAUACACUCGAAUACAUCUACAUACAGAAUUGUAGUAUGUACACUAUAUUGUGUUAUAGGGUGUACAUGUACAUCUUGUUACCAGGAAAUACCUGGUAGAUGCUUGAAAUAAUUGUACAAGUUUUUGAAAUAAGUCCCAAUUGAUAUACACAUGUAUUACAAUGCCAUGCCAGACAAUAUUGCCACAGCAUAUGUUAUAUACAUGUAGUUCUGUUAUUAUUUUUUAUUUCAUAAUUUAAAUGUUUACUGUUAAUUUAUUAUUUGGAAGACCUUGUAAAAUUUGCUGUGUCUGACUUUUUAUUUGAAUAUAGACCCUGUUUAAAAUGUAACUUUAAAAAGUAUUUCUGAAUCAGUAGAUUUGUACUUUGAAACAUUAUUACCGGUAAUACAUGGAUAUGAACCAUGAAAUAUGCAAUGCAAGACCUUUUUACAACAUCUAUUAAUUUUUCCCUCCUGUAAAUGAAAAAUAUGAUGAGUCAAUAUUAUACAAUAAAUCUUCACUUAUUUUAGGUUGACUUAGUUCAAACUAGAGCAUCAAAUGCAGUCAGUCCUUACUCUGUGGACUUGUAAUGUUGAAUUAUACAAUAUAGUCCCACCAAAAAAGUCUCCAAAAUAUGUCAUUUUAGAUUAUUAUACCUUUAGUUAUAUUUUACUAUGUAAGAGUUAUUAAAUACAGUUUGCAGAUGCCCUUAAAAUCACCAUAAACAAACUGAUUCCCUGCAUAAAAGUGCAUAUCAGUUUGUGAACUGAUAAACACCUAUUUGGAACACUGUGCAAUUUCUUUUAAUCAAAGGAAAUUUUUUGAAAUAUUCCGAAUAAAAUCAUGAAUAUUCAUAAUCAAAUAAUUUAAUUUUAGAUGCAGCAUUCUUUUUGAUUUGCUAUACAAAUUCAUCUAUAUUAACAUUUAUUAUAUUGACAUGACUUGCCUCUGUCAUAAUACGAAGUGGUGCAAUUUAAUUUAUUUUUUAACUUGUUGGGUACAUGACAAAUUUAAAUCAUAUUAAAUUGGACUUUUUUUGAUUGAUAGUUUUUACUGGUACAUGUAUAAUAAAAAAGUUAACUGUACUGUUGAGGUAGUCAGCAAGAUUCCAUUUCCCCUCAAACAAGCCUAAUAUUUCCCUUCAGUUGGUUCGCCUCGGGAAGUAGGCUUUCUUUCGGGAAACUUGUAUCUUGCCGACUCCCUCAAUGGUGCUCUAUAAUUGUAUACUGUCAUGGGCAGUGAUUGGUUUUGUCCCUGUAUUUUAAAUCUAUGAACCAGGGUGUUAUUUCAUUGAUUUUAACUCUUAGUAAACAUUAUAGAGAUAGACAUCUAACCUGAUUAUGUGGAUAGAGUUACAUGUUCAUCAUGAACCUAAUAUGAAAAUAACAUUGUAUAUCAAUUCAUACCAGGAGUACAACGUUUAACAAAAUGCUAGUUUAACUGAAAUGGUUUUUCAGUUCAAUAGAGAUUUUAUAUUAACAGAGACUUGGUGUUAGCAAGAACAAGCUCGUACAGGAUGUGUUUCAACUUAUUUAUAUUGAUUACAGACUCCAUUAGUUACAUUGUAAAACUUUUGUUCACUGUAAAAUUAUGUAUUUGGGACCAAUGUGUCUGUAAAAAAGGUUGCUUAUAUCUACACAAUCAUUCAUUUAGUACCAUACUAAGAUGUGAUUUCUUCCAUUUUCUCUUUUGUUAGUUUUUUGCACAGGCAUCUUGUGUUAAAAAUUUGAAGUUAUGAAGGGUUUUUGGUGCGAUAUCAGUAAUAUAAAUUUUUCCCCCUCCACUUUUAAGAGGGUUAUUGUAAAAAAAACUCUAAUAUUUAUCAAUCAUUUCCUUUCUAUGGUGUGUGUGUGUGUGUGUGUGAGAGAGAGAGAUUUAUGUGAUUUUAAUCUAAGAAAGUGGUACAUGUAAGAACUUUUGUUGAGGGAUUAAUAAAGUUCUAUACCUCCUAAAUGUACGUAUUAUUACUGCCUUUGGUUUCCAGGCAUAACUCAAUUUGUUGUAGAAGAAGGUCUAAGGUUAGUAAAACUGAAACAUUGGUUAACAGGGAGGGGAUUCCUUCAUUUUGUACAAAAAUUAAUUAACACAAAGUAUUUAUUUGACAACUACCGGUAUUACCAAUAUACAAAAGUAUAUCACAUAAAUAUAUAUACAUGUGUUGUAAGUCUGCAAAGCAGACGAAAUGCAUUGAAUGAGCAUUUUGACACAAUUUCAUGUACAGUACAUGUAUUCAAUGUACUUGUGGGUAAUGUUAUUAAAUGAGUUGUAAACUAAAGCUGUUCUGUAGUUUGAUUCCUGAAAUAAUGAACAAAUCAAUAAAGAUUUAUUCCACAUUUUA